GUGCCCUUGAUUUUAACGUUGCUCUCAAUAUGACGGCUGUCAAUGUCACCCUGGUUCGUGACACCAAGUGGCUGACUUUAGAAGUCUGCCGAGAAUUUCAGAGAGGAACCUGCUCUCGAGCUGAUGCAGACUGCAAGUUUGCCCAUCCGCCAAGAGUUUGCCACGUGGAAAAUGGUCGUGUGGUGGCAUGUUUUGAUUCUUUAAAGGGUCGGUGUGCUAGAGAGAACUGCAAGUACCUCCACCCUCCUCCACACCUAAAAACGCAGCUGGAAAUUAAUGGACGGAACAAUCUGAUUCAACAAAAGACUGCCGCAGCCAUGUUCGCCCAGCAAAUGCAGUUUAUGCUCCAGAAUGCUCAGAUGGCAUCACUUACUUCUUUUCCUGUGAAUCCACCACUUGCAGCUAAUCCUGCCAUGGCUUUCAAUCCUUACUUACCUCAUCCUGGGAUGGGCCUGCUUCCUGCUGAACUUUUACCGAAUGCACCUGUUCUGAUUUCUGGAAACCCGCCUCUCGCAUUGCCAGGAGCUGCUGGUCCCAAACCGAUGCGCUCAGAUAAACUGGAGGUUUGCCGAGAAUUUCAGCGUGGAAACUGUACCCGUGGUGAGAAUGACUGCCGCUACGCUCACCCUACAGAUGUGUCCAUGAUCGAGGCAAGCGAUAAUACGGUGACCAUCUGCAUGGAUUACAUCAAAGGGCGAUGCUCCCGGGAGAAAUGCAAGUACUUUCAUCCACCUGCUCACUUGCAAGCCAAACUCAGGGCAGCUCAUCACCAGAUGAACCAUUCAGCUGCCUCCGCAAUGGCCCUUCAGCCUGGUGCACUUCAACUGAUACCAAAGAGAUCGGCGCUUGAAAAGACCAAUGGUGCCACUCCGGUAUUUAACCCCAGUGUUUUCCACUGCCAGCAGGCUCUGGCUGGCCUGCAGCUCCAGCCACCGGCAUAUAUCCCUGCAGGGCCCAUAAUGUGCAUGGCACCCGCUUCAAGUGUUGUGCCCAUGAUGCACGGUGCAACACCUACCACUGUGUCUGCAGCAACACCACCUGCCACCAGCGUUCCCUUCGCUGCAACAGCCGCAGGCAAUCAGAUACCCCCAUUAUCAAUAGAUGAACUGAAUAGCAGCAUGUUUGUUUCACAGAUGUAGAAGUUACCAGUAGAACAUCGAAAUUCUGAACAACAGAGUUACGGAGUAUCAGGAUCUCUCCAUGAGAACCUCCAUAUGGCCUUUCUAUAUAUAUUCUCACAGGUCUUCUACCAAUACAACAAUAAGUGUGGUGCAGUCAAUAUAUUAAACAAAACACACAUCCCAACCACCAAAUUCAAACAAAAUAAUAAAACAUUAAUCAGUGGAGAUGUUAAAUCACAAAUAGAAAAUGAAUAACUAUCAUUUAUUUAUCUGAAUUAUUAGGUAGAACAUGACCGUAAUGUUUUGUACUUUGUUGCAUUAUUCUUUGUGAUUUUCCAAUAACAAAUACGCUGAGUGAAUCUCUACAGUGGACUGUUGGCUUACUGCGCAUUCUUGGUGGAUAAAUGUUCAUCUGUUUUGAAGUGUUACCUUACUGUUUUGUUUACACAAUAGUCUAUUGGGUUGAUUUAGAAUGUAACAAAUGUAUCCAAUACCAUUUUCCCCAAUAUUGUAUUGAAUUGUAUUGUGGUGUGGUAUGAUGUGAUGUGUUGUGUUGUGUUGUGUUAGUUAGGUUUUUACAUACUAUUGUAUUUUCCUCUAGAUGUGUGGUGUUUGAUUUCAACGAAAAAAUUACUAACGGGAAACAGAAAUAUCUGUGUUUGAAAAACAUGACAGAUUAAUAUUAAUAUGCUUUCUCUCUCUUUAGAACAUUUCUGUAGGUUUCUUGGGGCAGACUUUUAAAAGGCCUCAAUUCUGAGUGUGCGCAAAACCUGUUCAUAAACAUGCAUGUGUAUAAUUUGUACCUGCAGAUUUGACCUUGCAUAAUACAAUCACGCGACUAGUUUUUUUGCGAGAGAGAAAUAAUUACCUGCGUAAAACAGGGAACUUCUUGAAAUAUGAAGCUCUAACCUCACUCCUUAAGAAGCUUGCAAAAUUACAAUUUACAUGUAAAUGAAUUUCUCCACAUCUAUCCUAAAAAAUUAUAUAAAGUGCCCAUUACUUUUUUGUGUGUGUGUGUGGUUCAAGGGUCCUGUCUCCUAGGUUGAACAUCUAAAGCUGAGCCAUUUGUCAAGUUCACCUCGAAAUUGGUAGUUGGAGGCUUAAAAGUACACCAAUUGUAGUAGAAAUGGGGGCAUGGAGAUAGUUUUUACAUACAUUUCGGAGGAAAGUGUGUAAAAAUCAUUGUAACGUAACCUUUUACACAAGUGCCAUUCUCUGAAUACAAAUGGCUCAUGUUCUUUAGACUCGUCUUUUUGAAUAAUAAGUAAGAUGCAAUCUCGCAAAAGUCAGGGUGAUUGAGAAUUGAUUCGAAGUGAGGCUUUUGUCCCCCAAAUGGACAAUCUUCCAACCGAUCACAGUUGGAGCCUGAGUAUAGGUUUGAAGAAAUGGCAGGGUGGUAAGGGGGAGGGUAGGAAGGCAUUUAAAAUUAUUCUCUGAUUUAGUUAAAACUUCUAGGAGAGCUGUCCACAAUUGUCUUUAGCUUCCAUUUGACUGAAUUUCUAGUUCUGCUGAACACUUCAGUGAGGGAGCAGGCGUCUAUGCCAAGUGCUGCCCUUCCCAGACGUGAUUGACAAGUCUCUCCUUUCGUAACCAAGCCAUUUCUUUGUUUCUUUGUUGAGAUCCAUUUGUUUUUAUAUGUAUUUGAAAAGCAUAAUACAGACGUUUUUAGCACCCUUUGGAUGAAACAGACCAGCUGUAUACUCCAUAGAGCUGAGCUGAAUUCACAUUACUAAUAUUUAUGAAAUAAUUUAUAACCAAGUAAAAUAGGAAUUCCUAUGGCAUGUGACAUACCUCCUCCACUGUACUCAGUUAUUAAUGUUACUGUUCUUAUACAGUGCUGAAACCAUAUGAUAUUUCAUUUCUACUUGGAUUUAAAUUUUUCUACUGAACAUUUUUUCUCUCACUAGAAAGCAUGCAAUUCCUUAAAUUUAAUACAUAUAACAGGUUUGUUUUCCUUCAUGAAAAUGACCGGCACAGAGAAAAUUCCGAUUUUCAAAAGCUGGCUAGCAGCAUUUGAAUCACAGAACAAUGAAGUUGGCAAAACGUUCUCACAAUUGAUGAAACUGAGGCCCAGGGCAUGUGACCUGCUCAAAGCUACCUACCUGAUCGGUGGCAGUCAGACCCCGAACCACUCUCCUGACUUUCUGUUGUUCCUCUGUUUCACGUUGUUUGUACUUGGGAACAUUUGAGACCCCAUCCCGAAGCAGAUCAAGGUAGUUCAGAACAAAAGAGCAAAAAUAUCUGUUUGGUAGGUGACAUCCUGUUGUUCUUCAUUCUCAAUCCAAAAAUCCUGAUCAUCGGUAAUUUCAAGACAUUGUCAUCUGUUAACAGUAUUGCCUGGGGUUAGAGAACAAGAGGUGUCCUGACUUUUACCUGUUGAUUCCUUGAACCACUUAAUUUCUGUUUCCCAAAAUCUUAACAUCCUUAGAGAAGAAAGUAGUGUACGCCUUUGUGAAAUGACUUGUGUGUAGAUCCGAGUUUUGUAUAAAUGUGCCAGUCCCUCUCCAGAAGGGCAGAGCUAAUCCCACAAAUCUGGAAAGGAUACACCUGAGCCAGUUGUAUUCCUUAAAGGGGUUAGAAAUGUUUUCAGUGCAGAAUGAACUCUUUUGUGUCGUUCGACCUUUCGCGGCAACGCGCUGUCUCGUUUCACCUUUGAAACUCCUGGCAAAGAUAUACAUAGACAAGAAACCUAGUAAGAGGGUCCGUGAAGGAUAUAUAUUCAGGGUAGUUGUAGAUUUGGUGCCAUAAUAUUUGAUAAUGGCUGGCAUUUUACAAGUUGCUUUGUAAAUGAAUUUAAAGAAAGAAAACUGAAAGCGCUAAAGUUUGUAUCAGAUGUGAAAGAACUUUGACAAAAAAAGCAAUUUUAAGAUAGCACUCUUUAAACUAGUUGUGCAAUGUCUUAUUCAAAUUAUGUUUAUUCAAGAAAAGAAAAGAAGAAAGGAAAGUCAUUAGACUAUAAAUUUGCAGUUCAUAAGCCAAGUCACAAAACUAAUCAGUGACUCUAAAUAACGAUUUACUGGAUGAAUUGUAUAUAUUAAAUUCUAAUCACUUGUGAUUCUUAGUUAACAUUUUAUAAGCUUUGUAUAUGACAAGGGCUUCUAUUCUUAUUUAUCCAAAAUUAUUGUCUUUGUCCGUUUCUCUCAGCCUUUUGCAAAAUUAGGCAAGAGUACUGAAACUUGGAUAAAACAGGUCAGGUAUACAGAAAAAAUAAUCUAGAGGUUAUCUGUUAAGAGGGUUUUAGUAGUAUCAAAAAAAAUUUUUUAAGGCACUAU